AGGAGUUUCGUUCACUGGGCAUUAUGGCACCGUUUGUGGUGGAUGAAGUUUUUAUUCAGGUGGACCGCCGCUUCUUCACUGAAAAUCUGGAUUUCCUCAAGGGGCUCUGUUACAGCAGCAGCAAGAUGGACAUUGUGGCUGGUAUCCUACAGGAGCCUGCAGUUUUUGGCCCAGUUAAGAACUGGAACCAGACAACACUCAUGCAGGUGGGCCGGUUCCUUUUCUUCCUUCCUAUCAACACACUGCAGGAGAUUUCAAUGGCACUGCUGACUGUGGGGCAUGUAGAAAAGCUGUUCAUGAAGCACCAUCAGUGGGAACGUGGCGACAUGGGGAUCUUCUGUUCAGACAGUAAAGAGAAAAAGACACUAUUUGAAAAGCAGCAAUUUGUUCUGCAGUUUUUCCUGGGCUUCCUCAAAAUGAAUCCUGUAUCAUCAACUCCAGUGGUUCCCACCUGUGAGAUUCUGCAGACAACUGCUCCUUCUGUCUGGACCUCCAACAGUUUGACCAGCAUGCCUUCAUCUGCCUUCUCCAACUGUCUGGAGCUGAUGGGCGCAGACCCAUUCCUUGCAUCCUACCAACGCAUUGAAGUGCUAAAGAGAGUCAAAAAGAUAUAUGGCCCCGUUGCCUCAUUUUCCCAGCCUGUGAUCACUCAGCUGGGUGAAAUAGCGACAGAGCUCUCACCAGAGGAGCUGAGUAUCCUCCGACUGACAGAGCGGAGGAGCAUCGGUGCUAUGGGAGCUGUCAGUGCCUGGAACAGCCGACAGCUGGGCGCCCUGUUUACCACUGUAUUAAACUCCACCAAGCAGAGCCCGAGCCAGCUGGACUCCAGCAUACUGGUCGCACUGGGAUACAUUGUAUGCGGAGCUAAAACCACAGAAAUUAGGUCCUUCAAUAAUGUAGAGUUUAGUAAGGCAGUUCUCUGGCUGGGUCAGCUGAGGUUGUCCUGCUCAGAGGAGCAGCUGCUGGCUCUUGUUGGGCUGCUCACCCACAGCCUUGCUUUUGGACCGAUGAGUUCGUGGGGGACUGAUGUGUUCAUUGAGAUUGGAGUCCUGGCAGCUGGUCUCCCAGAUAUAGUUAUGUCAGCUUUGGUGAAAGAACAAAUUGAGGGAAUCACACCUAUGGCGAUCUCAAUGAUAACACCUGAAAAGUUUGCUGUGGCAUUUGAUCAGAGACAGAUCAGCAUGUUCUCCUAUGAGCAGGCUGUUGCAGUAACUGGGGGACAGCUCUCUGCUCUGACAGAUCUUCAAAAGCAAGCGUUAGCUAUGGUGCUGACUCCAUGGGAGGACAGACCUGUAGACUUCAGAGGGAGGUCACUGGGGCUGGCGUUGGGCCACAGUCCUCUGUGUCUCACUUUGGGACUGCUGAUGCUGCUGACUGUCAUGUUCUGCCCCAACACAUGACCCCAAUCACCCCAGCUGGAUCAGGAUGUCUCCUCAUUCACAUUACCACAAAAAAAAAAAAGAUGAUUCAUCUGUGCAAGACCAUGACUCUCUGAAAUAAGUAACACCUCUGGAUUUUGUAUCACUUGAGAUUAUAAUCACUUUGACAUCCACUGUUGACAGCCAAUGAACUGAAUGAAGCUGAAUCAAACAUAGAGGAGAAAUAUAUAGAUAUAGAAUAAAUAUAUUUAAACAGUAGAUAUUUCUAGUAAACAUUUAUUUUCAUUAUAUUUGCAUAUGUAUUUAUUUUUUUUAUGAAACCCCAUUCCUCCCUGCUGUUCCAGUUUAUCCCUCUCAGAAGGGUAAAGCCAUACAUAGAAAAUUAAACUAAAUGUUAAAGUUUAUUUAUGAUUAUAAUAAAGUCCUUAAAGCAAGCUGCAAACCUAGAGUGUUAUAUAUUUUUGUGAUAUUGUAAUUUUGUCAAAGUGGUGUAUGCAAAAUAUUAUAGGUUAUCUCAGUGGAAACAAUUGCUUGUAAAGACUGAUUGUGUCGGCACUGACUAACUUCUGUUUAUUGUUGCUGUGAGUUUUCUAUUGUUGUGCACAAUUUAAAUUGUGAUUAGUAUGGACCAAAAUAAUUAAACAAAUCUGUCUCUGACUGA